AUGCUCCAACCACUGUUCAGCAAGACCAACGGAGGCUACGUGCCUCCACCCAGUUCUCCCAUCCCCAAUAAAUAUCGCCCUACAUCAGACAAGUGUAAGGAGAACGAGGUGAAGGGUCGUCAUGCUUCGCGUGGUUCUGUAGACAACCCCGAAGCACCUGAGCCGUCCUUCGCUCCCCAGGGCGAGCGUCUCUUUUUCCAGAAAAAGCGUCCUUCCUCGACUACGAAAGAGUCGCCCUCAGAGAAGAUAGAACCGGAGAGCGAACCACUUCCUCGUCUCUCACUCGCGAGGCACGUAUUGCUGAAGUCCAGGCUGCUUGACUUCAACAAGAAGGUGGCAAGAGUUAUGUUCAGGACCUGGAUAGCCAGUGUCCUGGAAAAGAAGAGGAUGGGAUAUAGAGAGUGGCGCACAUACCUACAGUGCCACAAAGCUUUGAGCGCCCGCGAAGACAUAAACAAAGACACACUCCCUCGCAGAAGCAUCGAGAAGUUCCGUGCAAUGGGCGUCGAGCCCGAUGACUUCAACGACGAAGUCUGGAUGCCUGGCGCAUUCGAGCCUCCGACUCAGGUCAUCAAACUCCCUUUCGAGGAGCGGAAGGAGCGGCUGGUCCGCAAGUUAGUGGCCGCAUUCCUGGUCGGGGUCGAGAAGCGAGCGGAGGAGCGCGAACGCCUGGAAGAGCAGGCUCGUCUGCAGGAGGAAGAGGGAAGUCUCGAAGAGGAGGGUGAAACCUCUUCGGCCGGCGAGGAGGGCAACAAAGUCGUAGAUGAUGCUGAAGAUGACGCAGCCGACGGCGACGGCGAGGUCCAGAAUGCAGAGAAAGCGGUGGGUAACAACGAACCCAUUCAUGCCACGAAGGCCGUUGAAGAUGCGGCAGACAAGCCCUGCCGCCCGGAUGACUCUUCACAUGUACCUUCGCCUGUCCGCAGCGACGAGGGCAGCGACGCUCGUCCCCCCGUCGCCACUACGGGAGCCUCCCUCCCAUCAUCACCAUCGCCCGUCCGAAGUUCACCACUUUGCGAGAUCGCCCAUCCUUCGGUUGUGAAGCCAGCGGACGAUGUCCCCGCACGUUCCGCCGAGGACAUUGGCGUGUUGACCACGGAGGACGCGGAAGGCGCGGCCCAAGACCCUUCAGCGACGCCGAGCGCGACUUCGGAACGGGCGCCUUCCUCGACGCCCCCUCCAACGGCGUCAACCAGUCCACAGGUCAAGGCCAAACCUUCGGAGCAGGAGCAGCCGCUGCCAGCACAGAAUACGCAGCAUCAAGUCUAUGACACAACAUAUACUGAGCAGGGAGCAGAGCCCCUGCAACCGAUGGCAGUCCGAGGGCCACCGGCGGAUUCCUUCGCCUGCCUCGCCGUCGGGAUGGGGCGAGCCCCGCGCGACGACUUCGAGCGCGAGGUGUACACCGAAGGCCUCGCGCGCGCGUACGCGCAGAUCCUCACCCGCGAGAACCUCGAGCACGACUUCGCCGAGCGGGGGAUCGAGCUCCCGCACAUCGAAGAUGACGGCGCGCUCAAGCCGCGCUGGGACAACGUGUGGGCGCUCGAGCAUGACGCCUACCAGGCGGUGUACGCGAACGCGUUCGCGGAGGUCCUCGCACAGGAGGCGCUCGAGGAGGAGGAGGAGGAGGCGGAGGACUCAGAUGACGAGGAGAGGCCGGUGGACCGGAUGGACCAGGACUGGAAGGUCCAGAUUCGCCGGACGCGACGUGCGGUACUCGAAGACGUCGAGCUCGCCGAUGGGUCAGCCAUGGACAUCUCGUUUCAUGGGCCGAUAGACUCUAUGGAGUGCGAGGUGGCUGACGGUCCCACCGGUAUGGCCGUUCCCAUUCUAGCGGGCCUGGACGGCGUCGAGGACGAGCCCAUGGACGUGGACUUACCCCUCCAAUCCGACGACAUCGACGCGUCGAUGAUGUCGCUAGCGCCUUUCGACUUUGGCACGCCUGCGGAUCCCGUAGAGGACGUGCUGGGCGCGUUCGGCAACAUCGAUCUCGGGCCAGACGACGCCAUCGAGGUUGAUACGCACCUUGACUGGUGA